AUGAUUCGAUACAAGAGGAAACAAUUCGAAACAUUUUUGUUUAAUAGAACCGACUCCGGCUGCCGAGAAGUGAAAGAUAUCCUCAAAGAUUUAUGCUUAUUCAAUCCGUCAUCAGCUCUAUCAUCGGAUCGUUUACCACACGAUUGCUAUAUGAUCUUGGUCGGUCGCGUCAGAAGUCAUGAACAUCUCAAAAUUCUGGGUAAUUUGGUUGCUACGCGAAAAAAAAUACCCUUAGCAGGUGCGGAGGAAUAUCAGCGUGAGUUUGCGGUAAUGAACUCUGAAAGAAUGGAAUCCAUCCUGGAAUAUAUCAUAUUAGAAGCCGAUACUGAACGGUUUACCAACCAACGUAAAAGUCAUUUCGUCUACGAAGAUAAUUUUAAUCCCGCUCUAUUCCACAUGGUCAGAGCGAGCUCAUCGUAUGAAAAACUGAGAGCUGUUUGUCGUCAGUAUGAAACACAAGAAGGAGUGGAUGUAUCAAAGGUAAUGGCCGAGCAUGAUCACCGUGUAGCACUGACUCACACCCAUUUUCUCAAAAAAGGUUUAUCAAAAGACGACGCAAGUGCAUCAGCAUUCGCCCUUUCGUUCUACACCGGCACAAAGAGCGAAACAUUAAGUCGCGGCGCCAGUCUCAUUGCUCGCAAAACCAAUGGACAGGCUUUGGAAGCAAAGAUAUAA